UCGUUCCAGCCGCUAGUUGGGUGUGAGUUGGGACCUCUGUUCUCACUUUCCUUUCCCUCAAAGGAACCAAAACCAAACCCAACAAGGAGAACAGCUCUCAAAUCCUCUGUUUUGAAAUCAUCGACUUGUAAUCUUCCUGUCGAUUUUAAUCUUUUCUGCUUCUGCUUCUGCUUCUGCUUCUUGCUUCCAUGGAUUGGGUUCGCGGAGAUUGUAUCGGUUGUGGUAGCUUUUCCACUGUUAAUUUGGCAAUUCCCACGAAAUCCUCCUCUUCUCCUUUAAUGGCUGUGAAAUCUUGUGAUCUUUUUGACUCUUCCUUGCUUGAGAAUGAGAAGGAUGUUUUGAGCCAACUUGGGUAUUGCGAGCAUAUCAUCCAGUGUUUCGGCGGCGAUCAGAGUGUUGAAAACGGCCAGAGGUUGUAUAACUUGCUGUUGGAGUAUGCUUCUGGUGGCAAUUUAUCUCAUUGGGUAAAGAACUCUGGUGGUUGCUUGCGGGAAUCGGAAGCCAGACGCUACACAAGAUCGAUACUAAAGGGCCUUCGUUAUAUUCACGCUAAAGGGUUUGCUCACUGUGACAUAAAGCUUGAAAAUAUAUUGUUGUUUGAGAAUGGCGAAGUGAAGAUUGCCGACUUUGGAUUGGCCAAGAAAACAGGGCAAAAACAGAGUGGAGAACAGGGGAGAAUGGUAUUUCGAGGAACUCCUCUGUACAUGUCGCCGGAAUCAGUCAACGAAAACGAGUACGAUUCACCGUGUGAUAUUUGGGCUCUUGGGUGUGCGUUGGUUGAGAUGGUGACUGGAAAACCGGCAUGGAAUUGCAAGCCGGAAACAAACAUAGCAGCCUUGAUGAUUCGUAUUGGAGUAGGAGAUGAAUUGCCAGAAAUCCCUCAAGAAUUGUCCAAAGAAGGGAAGGAUUUUCUAUCCAAAUGCUUUGUUAAGGAUCCUAGAACGAGAUGGACGGCUGAUAUGUUAUUGGAUCAUCCUUUUGUUGCUACUGAAAACACUGUUACAUUGAAGGAGAGUAAGCAAUCAUCUCCAUCAUCAUCACCAAAAUGUCCAUUCGAGUUCCCAGAGUGGGUUUCAGUUCCAUCUUCAUCACCAAAGACUGAAUUAUGGUCUAACAAGGAAGUGAAUUCAAGAUUUGAUUGGUCCUCUUUGUCAUAUUCACCUUCACCGGCGGAGAGACUCCGGCAGCUGGCUAGUGAUGAGGUUUGCAACUGGUCUUUUUCUGAGAGUUGGGUCACUGUAAGGUGAGAGAAGGCAGAGCACAGAAUUGAAUUCAACGCCAGCAGACUUGGAAGAAUUUUUAAUUCCAUUUUUUAUUACAAUCUAACUGUUGAGAUUCCAUUAAUCUUUUUAGUAAUUGGUGACAAGUUUUGGCGAUUGUAAAUGUGUAGGAAAUAGACUGAGGAAUUGUAUUUAGCAGACUGAGUUUUACUUGAUUCAACAGUCCUGAUGGGUGGCCCUGACUGGCCAAGUGUACAGAACAAUAUUUUUAACCCCUUUUGGUUGAUAUGCAUAGUAAAUUACUUUUUCAAGAAA